UGCUAUGGAUACGGGGGCGGUGUGUUCUCGGCUAAGUGGAGCUAUGUUGUGAGAAAGCUGCGGGAAGAGGGAGCAGAGAGGGAUUCUCCGGUGUGUGAGGGAGCCGCACAGACCUCCGCUCUAUUCCUAUUGUCAUCUACACGGAGCCCAUCCCCACACAGGUUCUAACCUAAUUUCAAAUCAUGGAGCGAUAUGCCAAUCUUUCUGAUGAGGGAGAAGUGGAUCAUUCUUUUUUUGAUAGUGGUGAUGAAUAUGAAAAAGGGAAAAAAGUUGUGCCCACCUCGGCCACUAGCAAGCAUGGGUACAAACAAGAUAAGGAUUCGAGAUCAGAGGAAGGGGGAGGUGAUGCAGAACAAAGAACACGCAAGAUGGAAAGUGAAGAGGCGUCAAUGGCGUCUGUUGAUAGAAGUUCUCCAGAACUUAAGUGGUCUCCAGAUCCAUUGAGACCCAGAAGUGCGGCAAAGUCAGGCCGAGAUUCUGUGCAGAGCUUAAAAAUAGAAGCAACCAUUCCAACAGGAAUCCCACAGAUCAGACGGGAGUUUGAAGAUAAUUAUUACCCUGAUGAAGAUGACAGCAGCGAAGAUGAAAGCCGCAGUUCCAGGCCCAAAACUGCAAAGCAAACCAGUUUUGGAAAGAAAAAUGUGACAAAGUACAACAGGGAUUUUCCUUCUUCCAUUUCCAGCUCUGAUGCAGAGUUUUCCGAUGCGACUUCCGAUGACCAAACGUCAAAGUCUUAUCAGUCAUUCAAAGACAAAGUGCCAUCAUCUCUGCGCUCCCCUGAACGCAAGGCAUCAAGACCACCUAUCAGAGAUCUAAGAGACUAUGCUGAUGAGUCUGAGGACACCGUCACAGAUGUCACCCCUCUUUCCACACCAGACAUCAGCCCCAUAUCGUCCUUUGACAUAGCAGCCACCAGCGAAGCUCUAAGGAAUAAAGUUACGCGACAAGAGAAUGUGAGCAAGGAGAUAUACGAACCUGAUUUUGAAAACAAGUCUGGCCCGAAGGGAUUCCAGGAAGCGAUGGACCUGAACCAACUUCUCAAAGCGUUUAUGAACCUUGAUAAGAAGGAGCCGAGGAGCCUAUCUGUGGAGCAACCACCAAUCGAAAACAAGAACUACUCUUUCAGCAACGAGGAGGUCAGGCACAUAGACCGAGAGAACCAGAGGUUGCUAAAAGAGCUGUCCAGGCAAGCAUCAAAGUCUAAAAGCAAGAGUCUGACCCCGAAAAAAACAAACAGCGCCCCCUCCCGUCUCUACCAUAGCGCUCUGAACAGACAGAGGGAGCAGCAACGCAUUGAAAGGGAAAAUCUGGCUUUGUUAAAGAGACUAGAGACAGUGAAGCCAACGGUUGGUAUGACCCGUUCCGAGCAACUCAUGGACUAUCAGCGCCAAGCAGGAUAUUUGAGCUCCACAGCAUCAUCUCCAAGGCCUGGAAAGGCAUCUGUAAGCCGACUGAGCACCUCUUCAUCAUCCGCUGGGCUCUCUAGGGUGUCGAGUGCCAGCAGUCGCAGUGGUCGCAUGGGCAGUAAUGGUGCUUUACUCCGGCCCUCGAAAUCCUGCAACGCACGAGCAGCAUGGAUGUGAUGGUGCUUAUGAGCCAAUGUUUCCACAGAUCCCCAGCAUUCUUAUGAAGUCCUCCUGUAAAUUGGUGUAAUUUUUAAAGUGAUGUCACCAGAAAAUAAAGUAACUGGCACCCUGAAAAAAAA